AUGGGCAUGGGAGUGACAAUUGACGGUUGGCAUUUACAUCAUCUUCGUUUCGCUGAUGAGUUCGUUCUUAUAACAACAAGCAUCAAUCAGGCGGGACGGAUGCUGCCCGAAUUUGAUGAAACGUGUAGAAAGAUUGGUCGUCAGCUGAACCUGGUCAAGACGAUGUUCAUGAGGAAUGGAUGGGUUUCUGAUGCCCCAUUCACGCUCAACGGGACCAACAUAUCCGAAUGCACCAGCUACGUUUAUAUGGGUCGGGAAUUCAACAUGAUGAAUGAUGAAUGA